AUCGUGAUUUUACCUAGAUCUAGGGGUUUACAUAUUUAAAAUGCUCUAAUAAAUUCUAAUCUUGAAGUUUGAUUUAUAUUGAGUGAUUGUUUACAAAAUAAAUAGGAUAUUAAAUAUCCUGCAUUAUUGUUGAUUUGUUGGUAGACUAACUCCGCCACACUCCGAUCUCGGGUCCAAGAGGUGAAAAAAACUAAGACUAAGACGACUAAAAAAGUUAAAAAUGAAGUUUGUUAUAGAAAAGAGUCUGGUAACAGGAGGCAGAAUUGGUUUGAUAACUUAUGCAGGCAGAAAUACAAAUUUAACUCUCGAGACUCCGUUAUGUACACUGUUUACAAAAGGUGGAAGUGCUCCACACUUGGGUCUUGAUAUGCUGAAAAGAGUCUCUGGUGUUCCUGAUAUAGCUGUGAUGAAUCUAGGAUCUUUAGCUGACCAUCAUGAAAGUGUAGCUGAGUAUGGAAAAGGUUUAGGAGAAUUCACUGCCAUGAAGAAUCACCUGAUCUUUACCACCCAACAUGAUGCAAGUGCCGCCAUGUUUUCAGGAAAAAAUGACAACACAGGUGUUGCUAUCUGGGGUAAAGGGGGUAAAACCAAGCUGGAUACCAAGUUGUUUAUGAAAAUUCAAGAAGCUUUUCUUCCUGACUGGUUUCAAGCUAUGAGUGAUGGGGACACAGACCAGGAUUCCACCAAUAAAAGGCUGAACAAGGCUGUUAGUCGCACUUUGGAUUUCUUAGACGACAUUGUUGAAAAACAGAAGAAUAGCGAGUUUCUCAAAAAGUCCAGUCUAAUUGGUGUCAUAGAGGGAGGUUUCAGUGAGAGAGAAAGGAAAAGGUCUGCUAAAGAGACAGCAGCAAGGCCUGUGGAUGGUUUUCUGAUUGAAGGGUUUGAGAAGGGAAAUAACUCUGGGAAAGAUAUUUUUAGUAAUGAGGAUUUUUUAAAGAUUCUUUCUUUUACAUUGAAAGAAUUGCCAGAAAAUAAGCCAAGAAUAAUGGAAAGUGUUUGGUCUCCCCUUCAAGUAAUAAAAGCUUUCAAACUUGGUGUUGAUGUUUUUUCCAGUGCGUACCCACACACCCUGACAGAGAAGGGUCUGGCACUAGCUGCUGACUACAGACUGCCAGCCUGCAGCCAAUCAGCCAGACUGGAGCAGUGCUGUGAUAACACACCAGAAGUACAUGGAUUAUAUAUUGACCUUAAGAACUCAAGGUAUUUUUCUGAUUUUAGUCCUUUGCUACCUGACUGUCAGUGCUAUACCUGUUCAAAUUUUACGUGUUCGUACAUUCAUCACCUCCUCAACACCAAAGAACUCCUAGCUUAUGUCCUGUUGACCAUGCACAACUUUCAUCAGUACUUUGAUUUUUUCCGCCACCUUCGGCAAGCAGUAAAAACAGAUAGGCUUGACAAGCUGGAGGAGAGUCUUACAAACCAAAUGAAAUUUGUUGAAAGAUGAUAUUUUUUAGAACUCAGUUUAUUAUGUACUACUGUUUCAUGUGAUCUAUAUAAAGAAGGUACAAAAUAAGUUUUAAUUUGUGG